AUGGAGUUACCGCUUAUUUCGAUGACAUCAUCAUCACAGGAAGAAGUUACGAAGAACACCGCUGAAACUUGGAAGCCUUUUCAAGGAGAUCAAGGACUAUGGGUUACAUAUCAGGUUGGAGGAAUGCAACUUUCUAAUGCCAGAGAUUUGUUACUUAGGUUGCAUUAUCGACAAGAGCGGACGCCGGCCGGACUCAAAGAAAAUUUAGGUCAUUCAACAGAUGCCAGCGCUGGAGAGCACAGCGGAUGUUCGUUCAUUCCUGGGCCUAUCAAUUACUACGGAUCAUUCGUAGCAGAGAUGCACAAAUUCUGGGCACCCUUGGAAGCAUUGCUCAAGAAAGAAGCAAGGUCUGAAUAG